ACGUGUUUCUAAAUCCAACAUGGCGACGCUAGGCGACGAAGAUAAAAGUAGUUCUGCUUCAAGCGAAGAGAGCCGUUCAUCGAGUUGGUAUCUCGUACAGGAUAACUCCUCUGCAGUAAUUGAUAUUGCAAAUACAGAUGACCUGCAAUCCGAACCGGGAAAUGGGGAAAGUCAUGAAGGGAGUCCAAGUCGACAAGGAAUAUCAGAGACGGAGUUUAUGGAGAGGAUCAGAGAGAGAAUGGCACAGGAAGUUGGAGGAUAUGUUUGGCAGGCUGGAAAACAAUCAGCUAAAAGAGCAUUUGAUCUGUAUGCAAACAUUGAUAUACUAAGGCCAUACUUUGAUGUUGAACCCAUUGAAGUCCGAAAUCGGUUGCUCCAUUCACUGAUACCAAAGUUGCCCUCCACAGCAUCUCCUCAGAUAGUUGUAGGUGAGUUGUACGGACCACUGAUGUUGGUGUUCACCCUGAUUGCCAUUCUUCUCUUCAGUAUGAAAACAUCAGGACACACAGUGCAAGAGGGAACACUCAUGGGUACAGCUUUUGGCGUUUGUUUUGGAUACUGGCUUGGUGGUGCUGGAAUGUUCUAUGCAGUGGCUUUCAUGAGCAGCACCCAUCUCACCUUUCUCCAGAUUCUUUCUUUAUCAGGGUAUGCUUUGUUUGGAAAUGUGGUGUGUCUUUUUCUAACAACUGUUGGCUAUCACCAUUCCCACUCUUUUUUUUAUGCUCUGUGGUUGGUGUUUGGAGGUUUAUCGGCAGCCAGAUUGGUGACCGUUUUUAUGAGUCGUACUUUCAAUCGCCGUCAGGGCCUGAUUGCUGGUUGUGUGGUAGCUGGGGUUCAUUUACUGUUUUUGCUGUAUCUCCACUUUGCAUAUCAUAGUGUUUAUGAAGAAUCACCUGAUAUGAUCUUGUCUCGUCACUCAAGAGAGGUAAUAACCACACCCCUGCGCGAUAUGGUACCGUCUGUGGCUCAGUUCACAAGAAGUAUUGGAAGUGAUCAAGUGAUAGAUGCCAUUACUAGAGUCAAAAGAAGCAUAAAUGAGACUACUGGCUUGUUUGAAGCAACAUCCAUGGUGAUGUGAAAGGGAGCUGACAUUGCAAGAAAUAAAAGAAGAUUUUACUGCAAACACCAUAAUUGUGGGGCAGGCAAUGGUGGUGGAUGCAGUAUUUUAUCUACAAUAAAUUCCUGCCAUUUAAAUUCUCUUUUCAAGACCUAAAGUAGCAAGCUAGGUCUUGAAGGGUACAUUUGGUUAUUAGGUGGGUAGACCAGACUAUAUGUUCGUUAAUUCUGAGUGCCAUCACAUUGUUCCAAAAAAAUGCUAAUGAAAAGUUAAUGUAAAGUAGAAUCAAAGUAUAAGACAUACUGUAAAGGUAAAAUAAUUAAUGUCAACAACCUGUUGU